AGGCAGCAGCGCCUCUGUUAUCAUUCGCCACCACCACCACCAAAAACUAACAUCGCCGAGAAAAUGAUCUACCGACUAUUAUUCCUCUAUUUCUCGGUGGUUCAUGCCGAGCUCGAGAUGGUUCAGGUGCUUGUUAGACACGGAGACCGAGCCCCAUCAUUCACAUACCCUCUUGAUGAGUUCAACGUCGCCGAGCAUUUUCCACGUGGCUACUCUCAACUGACACAGCGUGGAUUCCGACAGGCAAAGGAAGUCGGAGUGUUUCUAAGAAAUCAAUAUAAGGAUUUGAUUGAUGGAUUUGAUCGAAAAGAGACACUUAUUCGAUCAAGUGACAAGGAUCGGUGCAUUGAGACGGCGAUGGGAAUUACUCAGACACUGUUUCCAGAUGAUAUUGUCCCAGUUCACACGUAUUCACAUUAUAAACAUGAUUUGCUCCUCAAACCAAACAGUGUCCGAUGCCGACGAGUCGACGAACUUGUAAACGCCGACAAAUCCUGGCUCUCCGCUCAAGUCGAUAUUGAGCACAGGGACCUCUUCUCUCUUUUAUCUCAAAAAACCGGCUGGCAUGUGACGGGCUCAAAGAUCUCCGACGUUUUUAACGUUCUCUAUCGGAAACAUGCAAAUGGAGUUGCACAACCAGAUUGGGUCAAUCAUGUUCUUGCAAAUGUCACAGAGCUUAAGCGUCAGUACAGAAGUAUUCAAUUCAAUUCUGAUGAGAAGUCCAAAAUGCGAACGGGAUACCUUUUGGGGCAGAUUACAAAAGACAUGGUGCAUCGAGAAGAAACGGGCCGGAAGAUGAUUGUGUACGCCACACAUGAUGCUACCGUAACCUCCAUGAUGUACAGCUUGGGAGUGUCCGAUCAUCAAUUGAUUCCGUAUACAGCUGCUUUGAUUGUGGAAUUGCAUAGACUAAAUGGAAAAUCUUUUGUUAAGAUUCUCAACCGCAGCUCUCCGGAAUCUGCUCCCCGCGAGCUUCGUCUUCCUGGAUGCGAUGUGCUUUGCCCAAUGGAAACCUACCAGGAAUUUGUUUCAACACGAAUUAUUUCCAACAAAGAGGAGCAUGACGUCAUCUGUCAGAACUUUGAAGCUCCAGAAAUCGAACUUCCAUCACAAGAACUUCCCAAGAACCUUCCCGAAGAAGAUCACCUCUUCUCAACACUUAUCACUGUCGGAUCUCUUUCCUACGAUCUCUAUGCUAAUUUGAAAGCGAAAAAUUGAAAACAAUAAUUUCUCUGAAUUAAAAAAGUAUUUACAAAAAAAAACGAGUGCAUAAUGAAUAAAAUUUUACAAUUGACUUUUAAA